AUGAAUUUGGACGCUUUGAAAUGGACAAUGUUGGGUGUGAUGGUUGUGGUGACGAUGAUUUUUGGAUUGGUGCCAAUUAAGGUGAGCUAGGUGUACUGUGGGUUCUUUGCAGCUCGAAGUAUUAUGGAUUUUUUGCAGCUUGAGAUACUGUAGAUGGUUUAUAGACCUAGGUACUGUGGAUUGUUUGCAGCCCGAGUUACUGUAAAUUGUUCAUAAUAUUUUUCGAAUUCAGUUCGGAUUACUGUACAGUCCUUUAGACAUUUCUGGGUUACGGCAUAUUUUCCAAAUAGUUUUGCAGUUCGGGUUACUGUAUUCUGAACUUUGAACUUCUCUAUAUUUAUUCUGAAUGAAAACUAAUGAAACUUUGCAGUUCGAUUACUGUAGGUUGAUUUUCCAAGAGUUAUUUUAGGUGGAAGAGGAAGCUUUGCAGUUCGAGCUACUGUACCUUCAUUUUUGUGUAGUACAAAAAAUAACUCAAGUUUCCAAGAAAAUAAUUUUUGAUAAGAUAAGGCUUCGUCUUUGAACUUGCAAAAAAUAUAUAUUUUGCAGUCCCCACAAAUUUCGAAAAAAAAUUACAGCUGAUGUCCUACUUGAACAAUUCACAAAAUGCGAUUCACAAAAAAUCAUCGCUGAUUCUCUCACUCCUCUCCUGUUUUGCUGGCGGUGUUUUUCUGACAGUAUGCUUUUUGGACAUGUUGCCCGACACUUUGGAGUCGUGGGAGGACGUGAAGAAUGACACGGGAUUUGAUAGCGAUUAUCCGUUUGUGCAAUUGAUGGCGCUAGUUGGGUAGGUUGAGUAUCUAAUCACUCAAGUAAGCAGCCAAUUUUCCAGAUUUUUCUUCGUCUACAUCCUUGAAGAGCUCUCCAACUCACUAUGCUCCAACGGAGCACACGGUCACUCCCAUUCCGAUCCGAUUCAAUCAAAUGUCACCUUCCCACGAGCUCGCCUAGCCACAGUGGGCACUAUCUUCGAUGCUGACGGCAAAAUCAUCGAACCUUGCAAGAAAUCUCUACAGGUUCGUGAAUUUAUCAGUAGAGCACACUUGCAAAAAUAAAAGUAUUCAGGAUUUUGAUGUCUCGGGAGAGGCGCCUUUACGAAGCUCGCUACUUUUCACAUGUACCUUCAUUCUUCACGUGUUCUUCGAGUGUUUUGCAUUUGGUGUGCAAAAGGACGUGCUUUCCGUGACUUCGCUGUUUUUGGGAAUUGUUUUGCAUAAAGCUAUCGUGAUGUUUUCGCUGGGAAUGAAGCUGUCCAGGUUGGUACUUUUUAAAAAUACAGCAAUAGUCUCAAGAAUUGUUCAUUCAGAAACCAUCCAAAUCGCCCCUGGUUAGUGGUCCUUCUGAUCUUCAUCCUGGCACUCUUCAAUUUCCUCGGUGGUUGUAUUGGAAUCAUUAUUGAAGAUUCAGCGAUGAAUCAGACACCGAAAGAUAUCACAACAACGAUUCUAAUGAGCUUCGCAUUGGGCACAUUUAUCUAUAUCACAUUUUUCGAGAUGUUGGCUCCGGAAAGAGCCAACAAACAUUCAAGUUUACUUCAGUGGAUCUCAUCGUUUUUGGGUUUUGUUGUUAUUUCGAUUAUCAUGAUUUGGUCAUAA